AUGCUGUACGUGGACAAGCACAGACCCAAACAGCUGUCUGAGCUGCACUACCACCACACGCUCACUCGCAGGCUCAUCUCCUUGGUGCGUGGGCCGCGGCCAUUCAGCCUUUCAUCCAACUCUGCUCACCUGCUCCUGCUCCUGCACCUGCACCUGCACCUACCCAUGACUGACAGGCAUCGCACGAGGACUUGCCCCACAUGCUCUUCUUUGGUCCGAGCGGCGCAGGCAAAAAGACGAGGAUCAUGGGCCUGUUGAGGGAAUUGUAUGGUCCAGCAACCCAAAAGGUGAAGUAGCAUGGCCUGCCUGCUCUCACGCUGCGCACAUAUCAACUGACCAUUGCGCAUGCCACCCGCGCCAGCUCAAAAUCGACCAAAGGGUAUUCUUGAAUCCGAGCAAGAGAAAGAUCGACGUCAAUGUCGUCAGCUCAAACUAUCACAUUGAGCUCACUCCCAGGUGCGCAUUGGUGUGCUGGUGUGCUGGCAUCCAUCUUCUGCUCGCACAGCUCAGCUAAGCUUGACUUCCACUGCACCCCCUCACACAGCGAUGCUGGUGGCUACGAUAGGCUGGUCAUCCAAGACAUUCUCAAGGAAAUCGCUCAGACGCAGCAGGUCGACACCAAUGCUCGUCAUCGCUUCAAAGGUGGGUCAACCGUUUGCGCCACGUGUGCAUUGCCAACACCUCCACCCCGCAACUCAUGCCACGCUCGCUCUCAUCUUCUUCUUCAUCCUUUGCAGUGGUCAUCAUCAACGAGGCUGACUCGCUAUCACGAGAUGCUCAGUCGGCGCUUAGACGAACGAUGGAAAAGUACAUGGGCAACUUGAGGUUGAUCCUCUGCUCCACCAGCACAAGUCGCAUCAUUGCUCCCAUUCGCAGCAGGUGUCUGCUCAUGCGCGUCGGCGCCCCUUCUCAGACGGAAGUGAGCGAAACACACUUGUGCACAUGCUCUCUGCCUUGCUGCUGCUCUGCUAACAUUCUGCAUGUCGCCAUGCUCUCGCCCUCUGCACACGCCAACACAGAUGACUGCUGUUCUGCAACACGUGGCGAAGAAGGAGUCGUUCAGGUUACCAGACUCGACCUGCGAGCAAAUCUUCGCCGACAGCGGGGGAAACGUUCGGAAAGCCAUUCUUGUUCUAGAAGCUCUUCGCAUGCAGUCGCCCGACUUUAGCGGUUCAUUAAGCAUAGCCAAACCGGAUUGGGAGACGUACGCGAUUGCGACUGCGGAUGCUAUCCUCUCGGACCAAUCCCCGCAGAGAUUGUUGGACGUUCGGGCAAAACUCUACGAGCUGCUGGUGCAUGCCAUUCCACCUAGACUCAUCAUCAAGACCAUCACGGACAGGUUGGUUAGGCGGGUGGACGAGAGCUUGCGGCCUUUGAUCGUGGAUAAGGCUGCCUUCUAUGUGAGUGGCCAAACGUGCUCGCGUCCUCGACGGAUUGGGGUAGUCGGAACGCACUUUGACACUUCGCUGGCAUGAUUCGAUGCAGGAAAUUCGAGCGAGGCAGGGCACAAAGGCAAUGUGAGUAGCCGGUAGCACAGCCUUGGCAGAGGAUGGCGGCUGAGUUAUAUUCGUUGUGGACACAUCAGCUUCCAUCUAGAAGCGUUCGUCGCUUCAGUCAUGUCAAUCAUCAAGGCCGAUCUGAUGGGCAUGUCCUUCGACGACUAG